CAAGCAUUAUUUCCUCUACAAGUUGAGAAUUUCAUGGGAUCUAUCAUGAGAUGACUAUUACUAGACAGACUUUGGGGACAUCCUGGAUCUAUAUCUCGACAAUAAGAGCAGGAGGUGUCUCAGCCCCAUGGAACUAAAGAAUCUAACACGUGUCUCAGAAUUCUUCCUCCUGGGUCUCUCAGAUGACCUGGAACUGCCUCUGGUCUUGGGGCUCUUCCUGUCCAUGUACCUGGUUGCCGUGUUGGGGAACAUGCUCCUCAUCCUGACUGUCAGCUCUGACUCCCACCUCCACACCCCCAUGUACUUCUUCCUCUGCAACCUGUCCUUGGCGGACAUCGGGUUCAUUUCUACCACUGUUCCAAAGAUGGCUGUGGGCAUCCUGACUCACAGCAGAGUCAUCUCCUAUGGGGGCUGCCUGAUACAACUGUCUUUUUUUAUCCUUUUUGCAUGUAUGGAUGACAUGCUUCUGACUGUGAUGGCCUAUGACCGGUUUGUGGCCAUCUGUCACCCUCUGCACUACUCAGCCACCAUGAACCCACGCCUCUGCUGCUUCUUAGUUUUGAUGUCAUUUUUCAUCAGCCUUUUGGACUCCCAGCUGCACAAUUUGGUUGUAUUACAGUUUACCUGCUUCAAGGAUGUAAACAUUUCUAAUUUCUUCUGUGAUCCUUCUCAGCUCCUUCAUCUUGCCUGUUCUGACACCAUCACCAAUAACAUAGUCAUGUAUUUUGUUGGCGCCAUCUUUGGUGGUGUUCCACUCGCAGGGAUCGUUGGCUCUUACUAUAAGAUUGUUUCCUCCAUUCUGAGAGUUCCAUCGAUAGGUGGGAAGUAUAAAGCCUUAUCCACCUGUGUUUCUCACCUGUCAGUUGUUUGCUUAUUUUAUGGAACAGCUAUUGGAGGUUACCUGGGAUCAGCACUGUUGCCUUCCCCCAGGAAGGACGUGGUGGCCUCAGUCAUGUACACUGUAGUUACCCCCAUGCUGAACCCUUUCAUUUACAGUCUGAGGAACAGGGACAUUAAGAGUGCCCUAUGGAGGCUCUACAGCAGAACAAUCUAAUGUGAAUAUCUCUGC